UGAAGGUCAACUUGGCUAUUACAGUGUUCCAAUGAAGACUGAACUUUUUUAGGCGGCAAUUAUGUGCCAUGUUUGAGUGAGUCGAGAAAGUUGGAUGGGGUGCCAGACAGCAUUCUAUUUAACUAUGAACUUUCUCUGACAAUGAUGUUUAAAAAUUACUGGACAUAGGACUUCUUUAGUGCAUCCUUGUUUCCCAGUGAAAGCUUUUUCUUCAACAUUAUUGAAGACCGAUGAAUGAUUUAAGCUGCAACAGUAUUUGUCAGCUAUUGUGUUGUCCUCCAUUACCAUCUAAAAUUGCAGCUAAGUUGGCAUUUAUGCCUCCACCUCCCAGUUAUAAACUGACGGAGCAUGCUGAAGGAGGGCAUACUACAUACAGCUUUACUCUGGCUUCAUACUUGAAGGAUUCAUUUAUCCAUUUUGUCCCAGAAAACAUGGAAUCAGUGAAGGCUACAACAAAAAGAGGCAAUAAUAUUGCGAUUCUUUAUAUGCCCAUCAAUUCGUCAUCUAAGCUAACUUUCUUGUUAAGCCAUGGGAAUGCUGUGGACUUGGGUCUGAUGCUUCACUUCAUGUAUGAACUGGGGAGCAAGUUGAACGUUAACAUCAUGUGUUACGAUUAUUCAGGCUAUGGAGUGUCUUCUGGAAAGCCUUUGGAAAAAAACCUUUAUGCUGAUGCUGAGUGUGCACUAAAUGUUUUAAGAACGAAGUAUUCUAUCCCUUUAAACCAAAUUGUUUUGUACGGUCAGAGCAUUGGAACUGUACCAACAAUACAUUUGGCUACUCUCCAUCGAGUUGCUGCUGUCGUACUACAUUCGCCACUGAUGUCCGGGUUAAGGGUAGCUUUCCCGAGGCUGAAACGCAAUUACUGUUGUGAUGUCUUCUCUAAUCUUGCACGCACACCGAAAAUUAUCUCACCUACACUAGUAAUUCAUGGGACGCGUGAUGAGGUUGUGAACGUUACUCAUGGUUACCGUAUAUGCUCUGCUGUAGCAGGUCAUCUAUUGUUGGAUCCUCUUUUCAUUGAUGGAGCCGGACAUAAUGACUGCGAACUUUUCCCUCAGUAUCUUUUGCGCUUAACUAAGUUGGUUACUGUGGAAUUACCUCGAUUACUGUCGAAUCCUAAUUCACAAAAUGUUACUGAAGUGGAAGAUAUGGAAGUAGAGUCGUCUAAACUACUGGAAAAAGGAACAGUUAAAGAGGAUAGUCAGGCAGAUUUAUCUAGUUCUAACUCUGUACCGGUUUCGUUAAAUUCUCAUGGGUAUUUUAGUAUGAAUGGCAACACAGUAGGAGGAGAGGAAGACAAAUCAACAAAGGUUUUUUUCCCCCAGCCGUCUUGGAAUGUAACCUCAGACUCAAUAUCUAGCAGGCUCAGUGUAAGUAACGUCUGCGAACAGAUACCACCUGAUGAGAUCGUUCAUCCUCCUCAACGAACCAGUCCAACACCAUCAUUAUCUCAAAAAUGCUUUAAGUCCGUUGAUGAUACUAGCGCCUGCCUGAUUGGUGUUAGUAGACGCCUCAACGACUCUGAUGUGCAAAAAGGAAGCCAGAUUGCUGUGGAAAAAUGCAUGGACCAGAAUGAAGCUGUAGUUUCCCAGUUUUCGGUAGUUACACCUGAUUGUCUGUCUAGCAUUUCACUUGAUGAUUUGCAUUCGCUUCCAUCUGACAUUUGUGACCUUACUCUUCCUCCACCUCCUCCACCACCUACAAAUGGUGAUUCAGAUUUUUUCCAAUCAUCUAAAUUAUUAUGGUCUUUACAUACUCAGAAGAACGGAAAAAUAAAUACCUUGCCUCGGAAGUUGACAUCAAAGUUUUUGGAAACUGAGAUUGAUCAAGGUCAUUCACAAAUGCCAAAAAAGGUAUGGACUUUACCACGCGAAUUUUCCUCUGAAAAAAUAACACAAAUUCUUAACAAAAAACUUCUGAAAAAUAUGGUGGAUAAAUUUGAAUCCACAUCAACAUCUGAUAUUUCUGAACAGUGUUCUGCAAAAGAUUCACAUGAAUGUAGAUCCACAAUAACCUCAAAAUUUUCUAACUCUGUGACACUUACGUAGGAUCGAUCACUAUAUUUCAAUGUAUUUAACUGUUAUUCGUUUCUGUUGGGUUCCGUUUUUGUGAAUUUACUGAAGUGGCAUCGCAUUUGUGCUUUCGUUUUGUUUCCUAAGUCAUAAUACCGGUAAUUUGUAACACAUGGUUUGAAUGUAUUUAUUAUUAUUACUUUCCAUGUAGUAUGCUGAUGUAUUCUUCUUGUUUAUGUUCUACUGAAUUCUCUUUAUCAUCUUUAGGUUACUUAUAUUAUGAGUUUGUAAAAUUGCCAUGUAUCAAAUUUUUUUUAAAAAAACAUUUCAUAUACUUUAUUUCAAAUUAAAAAGUUUUUAUAUCUUUCACAAUCGUUAAAUGGACAAAACAACUAAUGUGAAUAUUUUUUAUGUAUAUAAUCAAUUAUUUAAUUUAUUCAGAAUUGCUAACAAUAGGUAAAAGAAAAUUGAUGUAUUCUCAAUGUUAUCACUUCGAUUUAACGAAUAAUAAUUGUCAUAUGCCCAAUUUUAAAGAAUAUCUCAAUGCUUCUAUAAGUAUUGCUUAUAAAUUACUGAUUUUAUUUAACAAAAUAUAUCUGUAAGCUCACGUUGUUCUUGUUAUUUCACUAUUUUAUAUAUAACACUAUCGUUUUUGCAUGAUUCCUUGUUCCGUUCUUAAGACGUAUUAUAAUAACAUAUGGAACUAUUCUCAUAAGAAAUUGACUUCAUGUAUUCGAGGUAAACUUACGAUAAGUCAGUGACUUGAAAGAGUUCAAUUAUUCAGCUUUUUAACGAACAAGUAUUGACAUUACGGUUAUGUUAUGUAUUAUUCGAAUAGCUACAAUACUACCAUGGUGGUAUUCAUUUUUUAAAAAGUAAGCUUCAAUUUGCUCAUCACUAUUGUGUGAUGUGUAUUUUAUUUUGACCAUAGUGUUAGGUAAUGUUCAUUUAAUGAUAAUUCACUGGAAGUACUUGGUUUUAUUUAAUUUCAUCUUGACUUAUGUCAUCCACCAGACGACUCUCCUUUUUCUCAACUACUGUUAUUUCGUACGUUAUAUUUAAAAAUAAGUAAAACUAAAUAUUGAUCAUAUCCUUGAAUUUAUUUGAUGAUUAGCUAUGUACGUGCUCCUCGGAUCAUUUCACCAACAUUGAUUAUUCAUGGCACUGAAGAUGAAAUAAUCGAUCGAGUCCAUGCCCAGCAGUUGUACGAACGUAUUCCUAAUACUUUGGAACCACUGUUUAUUCGUGGAGCUGGUCAUAAUGAUUGUGAACUGUAUGAAGAAUAUCUUAUCCGCUUAGAAUACUUAGUUCAUGUUGAAGUGGAUGGCCCCGGUGUACUAAAUCUUUCCCAAGAAUCGAAUUCAACUAAUAGGAAUAUACGGUUCAGUAAUGGACUAUUAAAAUAUUUUUGCCGGAAUCGCAAAUCUUCUGAAAAUAAUUCGAAACAAAUCUCAUCAAUCCAAUUUUCAAGGAAAUCCAAAUCACCAAAUGACGAAUCACACAAACAGUCUGAUGUAUGUAUACCUGAUGCAUCUAAUCAUUGUCAUGAGAAAACACUGGCUUCAAUCACUCCUAUGUGGAUGCGAAAACGAGGACUUCAUGGUUCAUAUAGAUAUGUCAGCAACUCUAGAACUGAUAAGCGUAGAUGUAAACGAAUUCAUUCCUUAUCCGUUAACCCACCGAGUAAGCCAUCUGAUCAGUUUGAGGCUAGUGUAAUUCCAGAAAGAACUGAUAUCAAGCUGGAGUAUGUGGAUCAUGGUGUUUCACUCAACGAGUUGGAUAAUAAGACAUCGAAACUAAUAACGAAUAUAUAAAAUAGUAGCUGCUAUGUUCGUCUCUCGAGAUUCUUUUUUUUCCCAAGAGAAACUAUUUGAAAUGUCUUCCGGUCUCACUGAUUCGAAAAUGUAAUAUUGUAAUAGGUAAAAAACUUUUCCACUGAAUCUGUAGGAUUUUCCUUAAAAAAAGCUCAGCAAUUACCUACCGCUACAUCUUAAGUGUACAUAAUUUUGCUUUUGACGUUAGAUUUUGUUUUAAUGUUUCCUAUUUCAUAAUGCAAUGGCAUUAUUUUCAUAAUUGUAUAUACAUAUUCAAUAGUGUGAAUUUCUAUAAAUAUGCGUUUAAUACUAUUAGAUUGUUUCAGUUAAUUAAAGUUGUAUCAAAGUACAUGACAAUUUAAUUUUAUGAAAGUAGUAUUUACUUACUGCUUUUCAUUCAGCUUAUUUUCAAAAAUAACAGUUUACGAGAAGUUUCCUGAUUAGUAUUUUUUUGUCUUCUUUCAUACAUCCCACUAACUUCGUUAUGUUCGUCACACAAGUCAUACAAUGCUCGUACAUCUUCAUCCAGAAUCUUAGAUGAAUCUUCACAAGCAUCUUUUGUUGUUUUAAACUCAACGCAAGUGAUUAUACAAGUAAAUAUACUCACAACACAUUAAAAGUGGUAGUUCUCAACAUAUGGAUAACCAUGAGGCUGAUCGUUAACUAGGUAACUGAUUGUAAUUUAUGAUGGAUAAAGUAUGUCGCAACGAUUAAUAAGUCUAAAGAUAGCUUACAAGCAGAAUUGCAUAAUAAUAUGAUAGGAAGAUUGUUUGAUUAAUGUUCGUUAGGAAUAUACAAGCUAAUGAUGCAGUAAAUGGCUACCUAUCUUUUCUCUCUUACUCUUUAAAAUAGUAAGUUAACAUUACUUUCUGAAGUAUCUGUUUCUUUUAGUUUCUUCUCAUGUACUUCAUGUUAGAGUAAAUUAACAGAC